GAUUAGUUUGGCGUCUCUGAUUCUUUAACGCGUUGGAAAUUCACGUUUGACAGGUUGGUGGCCCUGCAACUGACGUUUGCCAAUUUGAAACGAAUCUACCUGUUUAAAAGUCUGGAUGUCUAGAGUUUCAAUCACCUGAAUUCGGAAGAGGAUUACAGAUUUAUAAACCGCACGUACAGGUGGACUCCGAUGAGAUACGCAACGAUUGACAGAAGAAUUGGCCGAAGACUUCGCGGUGAAACUCGUUGAACAAGGGGAGAGUAUGCGGAAAGUUUGAAUUAAUCGUCUCGACACUCGGGGUACGGAACAUCACGAAGUGCGAAGAGUGCUCGUGGCGGAUUGUUUUGCGAUGGAACAAGCGAGAUGGAGCACGCAGGAGAAGCGGAAAUGCGAGAGCCCGUUGGCGCGCCCCAAUCUCUGGAUGCGCGGCACCCCGGUGAAGAGCGACGCUCAAACGACUCUGAAGCGCUUGACGUGUCAAAACAACGUUUCGCAACAAUGCUUUGCAGUUUUAUCGAAUUACAUGACACCACCGUCUAAGCUGAAGAAGUUCAUUACCAACAAUCCGUUCGAGCGUGACCUAAUCAACAAGUUGCAUCUGCCAGUGCUCAGUCCGUCCAUAUUUGCCAAGGUUCCCACUCCUAUGCAACAGUCACCGGGAUUUGCAUGGAACAUAGACGAGUUAGCUCAUAUAAAACCAGCGAAAAUAGAAGAGUCUCCUAUACAGCAAAUGUAUUCUCCAGAUCCAGAAACAGAAAUGAGAGCUCAGGCAGCUAUAGAUCAGUUUUUUAAAGAGCAUCAUAUUCCUAGCCCUUGGGACAUCAGGCAGAAAGGAAACAAUUUAAAUUCUACCCCUCAGGAACGGUUGAAAUCGACAAAAGAUGUGUGGUGUCAGACAGUAUUAUCUCUACCCUUGGAUUUGCCUCAGAAUGUGGAAGAAGCUCUUAAACCCUUUUGUACCUUCACUCAGGAACAGAAUGCAGACAGAGAUGAUGUGAAUUCGAGCAACAGUUCAUUGAGAAGAAAAUUAUUUUUGUGUCACGACGAGGGACACUCUGACUGUGAUAAUGAAAGUUUAGCAUCAUUGUCACCAGUUAAAAUGGUGUUACCUUACAGUCCUCCUGAAAGUGGUAUGAUUGACGGUGCGCCAUUAAAGAAACGGUCACAAAAUAAGCGGCGAAGCCGUGACUCGUCCAUAGUAAUAUCUGAAGAGUCACCUAACAUAUCGCCAAUACAUAACGCUGAGAACGAUAGAUCGCAAAGAAUCGAACAUUGUUCUCGUACAGCUACUCGGUUAAACUUCACAGUAAAUAUGAGUACAGACGAAGAAAAAAAUCUGAGUUGGAUUAAUGGCUAUCAUUCAUUAGAUAUGUCCGAUAGUGAAAAUCAUGUGAAACAUAUGGAAGACAAUGGGGAAAUUAUAAAUAACGAUCAAUCAAAUGCAUGUGAUUCCAUUAAUAUGGAGGAAUUGCCAAAUUGUAUAAACUCAACUGACAAUAUUGUGCAUUCCAAUGCCAAUGUAUUUAGCGUAUAUAAACGAUGUAAUAAUGAAAUUAGCUUAAAAAUUGCGCCGGAAACGGCAAGUUUUUCACGCGAAGGUCACAAAUGUAGUAAUAUAAUGUCUGAUGCGUUCGAGCAACAGAGCAUCUCGAAUUCUGUUCAAGAUAUUGGUUAUCAAACUCAAAGUAUGAGUAGCACAAUGCCGACAACAGAUAGUUACAACACUUCGUCCAGUUACAAAACUCUUUCGAGUGAAAGAAUAAUGGGAUCCAAGGAAAAUGUUCAGUUAUCUUGGAGAGAAAGCAUAAGAUUUAGUUCCACACCUUCUAAACAUAAUAAAGAAAGUGGAACUUAAAUAGUACCGUAGCAAUUAUAUUCAUAAAAUAAAUGCUUAAAUGGGUUACAAUAUUUAGAUAAUGAUUAUUCAUAAAAAACAAGGCGAUUUACUUUUAUCAUAAAUUUAUACUUGCAAUUUAUAGUUAAUUGUUUUUAGAUAAUUAGAUCUCAAUUUGUCAUAGUUAAUGUUAUUUUCUUGAUUUAAUCCUUUCAAAUAAUUUAAUCUAAUUUUAGAUCUGAAUAGCCCAUACGAUCGAUUAUCAUUUACUUAUUAUAUAAAUUGAGAUCCAUAACACAUUAAAGUUUAGAAUAUUGUAUAAAUAUCUUUCAAUUUGUCAAUACUUUAUGUUGUUAGAUUACACCCUCAACAUAUAUUUUUAUUCUGUCACAAUAUUUAAAUAUAAAAAAAAUUUGAAGUCUUUGCUAUGAAAGAAUUUAGAUUAUUCGAAAAAAAUGUUUACAUUUUUUAAUUAUUUAAGUAUGCUCAACACAUCAUGUACUAUUGUAUAUUGUCAAUAUAUAAUUGCCACUUAAUGGUAUCAUAUUAUCUACCGCACUCUUUCUUUAAAAGUGAUACAACUGAGAAAAUUAAAUUUCCCAGAAAAAGGGAAAAACUAUUUUUCAAUUUGACAGAAAAUUAUGAACUAUAAUGACUUGAAGAGUAAUUCAUCUAACUCAUUUAAAUUUAAUAACACGAAAAUUACGUUUUUAUGUUCCUUUUAAAGAAAGAAAUUUGGUGCAACUACAUUAUAAGUGGUAUGCAAAAUAAGAAAUGCUGAAUAAAAUGAUCAACAAGUUUUUGCAAUUUUCUUCAUUUGUUUCAUUAGAUAAAAUUUUCUUUUUCGUAGUUACAGCCUAAAAUAUUAAAUAUAUACUCAAGAUAUAUAUAUAAGCAAGAUCAAAAACUUAACAAACAUUUUACAGCAUGAUUUAUCUAAAAUGAGUAAUAAUAAUAAUAAUAAUAAUAAUAAUAAUAAUAAUAAUAAUA